AUCUUUAUCUGCAAAAAAUUCAGUUGGUGGCUCAGAAACAUUGCAAAUGCAGUACCUCAGGCAGUUGAAUCGGCCAUCUUCCCAAUCCGGACUUUAUUCAAAUGAUGGGGGCUCGGUUAACUCCUUACCCUUGCAGGGUGGACCAGGUAACCAGAUGCCGCAGCAGCGUUUUGGGUUCACCAAGCAGCAACUCCAUGUUCUUAAAGCACAAAUAUUGGCAUUCAGGCGUCUUAAGAAAGGAGAAGGCACUCUUCCACAAGAGCUUCUUCGAGCUAUUGCUCCACCACCCCUCGAAUUGCAGCCACAGCGUCAAUUGCUUCCUCCAGGAGGGAAUAAUCAGGAUAGAUCUACAGGGAAGACUGUAGAAGACCAAGCGAGGCAUGUAGAAGCCAGUGAAAAGGAUUCCCAGUCUACAUCUUCUAUGAAUGGACAGAAAUUUUCUAAGGAGGCAUCUGCAGGAGAUGAGAAAGUAACUGUAUCAGCAAGUCAAAUGCAAGGAACGUUAACUAUGGUGAAGGACCCUGCACCUGUGGUAGCUUCUGGAAAAGAAGAGCCUCAAACUGUUGUAUUUCCUGUUAAGUCAGAGCAAGAAGUAGAACGUAGCAUUCAGAAAACUCCUGUAAGAAGUGAUUAUACGGCUGAUAAGGGAAAGGCUAUUGGACCGCAGGUUGUUGUAUCUGAUUCAGGGCAAGUUAAGAAACCUGUACAAGCAAGCACUCCUCCCCAGUCAAAAGAUCUUGGUUCUGCGAGAAAGUAUCAUGGACCAUUGUUUGAUUUUCCCUUUUUUACUCGGAAACAUGACUCAUAUGGGUCAGCGACACCUAAUAGCAAUAAUAACCUAACAUUGGCAUAUGAUGUCAAAGAUCUCCUGUUUGAGGAAGGAUUGGAAGUUUUAAACAAGAAAAGAUCAGAAAGUUUAAAGAAGAUUGGUAGUUUGCUGGCUGUAAACUUAGAGAGGAAAAGGAUUAGGCCUGAUCUUGUGUUGCGCUUGCAAAUUGAAGAGAAAAAGCUUCGGCUUUUGGAUGUGCAGGCUCGGUUAAGGGAUGAAGUUGAUCAACAGCAACAGGAGAUAAUGGCAAUGCCUGAUAGGCCAUAUCGUAAAUUUGUCAGGCUGUGUGAGCGUCAACGAAUGGAGCUGACAAGACAAGUACAGGCCAAUCAGAAAGCAAUUAGAGAGAAGCAGUUGAAAUCCAUCUUCCAGUGGCGAAAGAAGCUUCUUGAGGCUCAUUGGGCUAUCCGUGAUGCUCGAAUGGCUCGCAAUAGAGGAGUUGCAAAAUACCAUGAGAGAAUGUUGAGGGAAUUUUCAAAGAGGAAGGAUGAUGAUCGGAAUAAAAGAAUGGAGGCCUUGAAGAAUAAUGAUGUUGAAAGGUAUAGGGAGAUGUUGUUGGAGCAGCAGACUAGUAUACCAGGUGAUGCUGCAGAGAGAUAUGCAGUUCUUUCAUCUUUCUUGAGUCAGACAGAAAACUAUCUUCAUAAACUGGGAAGUAAAAUAACAGCUGCUAAGAGUCAACAGGAAGUGGAAGAGGCAGCAAAUGCUGCUGCAGCUGCUGCACGAUUGCAGGGUCUAUCUGAAGAAGAGGUUAGGGCAGCGGCUACUUGUGCUGGAGAAGAAGUGAUGAUCAGGAAUCGGUUUAUGGAGAUGAAUGCACCUAAGGAUGGUUCUUCUGUCAGCAAGUAUUAUAGUCUUGCUCAUGCAGUGAAUGAAAAGGUUGCAAGGCAACCUUCAAUGCUGCGAGCUGGAACCUUACGAGAUUAUCAGCUUGUUGGAUUGCAGUGGAUGCUUUCAUUGUAUAACAAUAAAUUAAAUGGAAUCUUGGCAGAUGAGAUGGGUCUCGGGAAAACUGUGCAGGUAAUGGCAUUGAUUGCUUACUUAAUGGAGUUUAAAGGGAAUUAUGGUCCACAUCUCAUAAUUGUUCCAAAUGCUGUUUUGGUUAAUUGGAAGAGUGAGUUUCACAAUUGGUUGCCGUCUGUGUCGUGCAUCUUUUAUGUUGGUGGGAAGGAUCAGCGGUCAAAAUUAUUUUCUCAAGAGGUCUGCGCAAUGAAAUUUAAUGUUCUUGUGACAACCUAUGAGUUCAUAAUGUAUGAUCGUUCAAAACUAUCAAAACUUGAUUGGAAAUAUAUCAUAAUUGAUGAAGCACAAAGAAUGAAGGACAGGGAAUCAGUUUUAGCACGUGAUCUUGAUAGAUACCGCUGUCAGAGGCGUCUUCUUCUAACUGGGACACCAUUGCAGAAUGAUCUAAAGGAACUUUGGUCACUUCUGAAUCUACUACUUCCUGAGGUGUUUGACAAUCGCAAAGCAUUUCAUGAUUGGUUCUCACAACCCUUCCAAAAAGAGGGUCCCACACAUAAUGCUGAGGAUGACUGGCUUGAGACUGAAAAGAAGGUUAUAAUUAUCCACCGACUUCAUCAAAUUCUGGAACCUUUUAUGCUCAGACGGCGUGUUGAAGAUGUGGAAGGCUCACUUCCGCCAAAGGUUUCCAUUGUUUUAAGAUGUAGAAUGUCUGCUUUUCAGAGUGCUAUUUAUGAUUGGAUAAAAUCCACUGGCACUCUUAGAGUUGAUCCUGAAGAUGAAAAGCGCAAGGCUCAGAAAAAUCCAAUAUACCAGGCUAAAGUGUACAGGACUUUGAAUAACAGAUGUAUGGAGCUGCGCAAAGCUUGUAAUCAUCCUUUGCUGAAUUAUCCGUAUCUUAAUGAUUUUUCCAAAGAUUUCCUUGUAAGAUCUUGCGGGAAAUUGUGGAUUCUGGAUAGGAUUCUUAUAAAACUUCAGAGAACAGGGCAUCGAGUAUUGCUAUUUAGUACAAUGACAAAACUCCUUGAUAUCUUGGAGGAAUAUUUGCAGUGGCGACGUCUUAUCUACAGAAGAAUAGAUGGAACAACUAGCUUAGAAGAUCGUGAAUCAGCUAUUGUGGACUUCAAUAGCCCUGAAUCUGAAUCCUUCAUCUUUUUGCUUAGUAUUCGUGCAGCUGGCCGGGGUCUUAAUCUUCAGUCUGCCGAUACAGUAAUCAUAUAUGAUCCUGAUCCAAACCCCAAGAAUGAGGAGCAGGCAGUUGCUAGGGCCCAUCGCAUUGGACAAACAAGAGAAGUGAAAGUUAUAUAUAUGGAGGCUGUUGUAGACAAGAUCUCUAGCCACCAAAAGGAGGAUGAAUUGCGAAGUGGAGGUUCCGUUGAUUUAGAGGAUGAUUUUGCAGGCAAAGAUCGAUACAUGGGAUCCAUUGAAAGUCUUAUAAGGAAUAACAUUCAACAAUAUAAAAUUGACAUGGCUGAUGAGGUUAUAAAUGCUGGGCGUUUUGACCAGAGAACCACGCAUGAAGAGCGGCGGAUGACUUUGGAGACAUUAUUACAUGACGAGGAAAGGUAUCAAGAAACUGUCCAUGAUGUUCCUUCACUGCAGCAGGUAAAUCGAAUGAUUGCCAGGAGUGAAGACGAAGUUGAAUUGUUUGAUCAAAUGGAUGAAGACCUUGAUUGGACAGGGGAAAUGACUAGUCAUGACCAGGUACCUAAGUGGCUUCGAGCAAGUAAGGGGACCGGUGAAACUCCUCUCCAACGUGGGGAAUCAUCUCUGCUGCCAUUCCAAAUGGACCAUAAAUAUCAAGCUCAGUUAAGGACCGAUAAUGAAACAAUGAAUAUUCCAAAACAUGAACAAAGUGAUUCAUCUUCUAAGAUCAGACGUAAUUUACCUGCAAGGAGGGUAGCCAAUACGUCCAAGGUGCAUGCUUCACCAAAAUCUGGUAGAUCGAAUUGCAUGCCCUUCCCUGCAGAGGAUGCUCCUGAACUCUCCAGAGACAGUUGGGAUGGAAAAGCCAUCAGUACAAGUGGGACUUCAAAUUUUGGUGCUAAAAUGUCUGAUGGCAUCCAAAGAAGGUUCAAAAAUGUAAUUAGCAAGCUUCAAAGGAGGAUUGAUAAGGAGGGUCAACAGAUUGUUCCAAUGCUGACGAGUUUGUGGAAGAGGAUGGAAAAUUCCAGUCACAUGAGUGGGGGUGGAAAUAAUCUUUUGGAUCUACGAAGAAUUGAUCAUCGUGUGGACAGAUUGGAGUAUAAUAGUGUGAUGGAGCUAGUAUCUGAUGUGCAGUUUAUGUUAAAAGGUGCAAUGCAGUUUUAUGGCUUCUCACAUGAGGUUAGAUCUGAAGCAAGGAAAGUACACAACCUCUUUUUUGAAAUUUUGAAGAUUCCAUUUCCAGACACAGAUUUCCGAGAAGCCAAAGCUGCUCUGUCUUUUGCUCCCCCGGUAUUGACAUCCACAUCUACUCCAUCUCCGAGACAGGGUGGUCUUGGCCAAGGGAAGAGGCAUAAGCCAAUAAAUGAUGUAGAACCUGAUCCAAGCCCUCUGCAUAAGCCCCAGCAACGGGGAUCUGUUCCGACUGGAACUUGUGAAGAAACAAGGGUGAAAGGGCACAUGUCCCAGAAAGAAUCCAGGCUUGGCAGUGGAAGUGGAAGUGGGAGUGGCAGGGAGCUGAGUCAGCCAGAUGAUUCUCCACGGCUUGCACAUCCAGGUGAACUGGUUAUCUGCAAAAAGAAGAGGAAGGAUAGAGAGAAGUCAGUAGUGAAACCAAGGACUGUAUCAGCUGGUCCUGUCUCACCCCCUGGUGGUAUUCGUAGCAUCAGAAGUCUGGGUUCCAGUUCAGUCUCCAAGGAUUUGAGAUCACAACAACAAGCCAUCAACAAGGAUGGGGAAACCAGCCUGUUCAUCACAAAUGGUGGG